CAACUAUUCCACGACAUUGCCGUUCAGUUGAUGAUACAAAAACCGGACGAUCAUCUUGUAUUUAUGAAGCAGUACGUCCAUCUCGCGAUGAAAAGGAUGGAUGUUCCCAGGAUUAUUCUUAUCGCACCUCCAACGUUUGAUAGAGUGGCUCUGUCGAGAGUUCUUCAGGAGGAGUUGGGUAUUCGUCCUUUGGCUUUAAAAGAUCUCGAAAAAGACAAAGUCUGCCACUGCGUGGAAUCGGAAGAUGUUGCGUUGGCUAUGAGAAGAAUUCUCGAAAACGGAAUGCUACACGAAUGCGGGUGGCUGCUCAUUGAUUUACCGCGCUCGAGGAAGGAGGCACGAGUGUUUCAACGUUACGGAAUUCUACCGACUCACGCGAUACAGUUGAUAACAUCAAACGAUACCGACAACUGGGAAUGGGAACACGGUUGCAAGGACGCUUGUUGCAGUAAAGCUUGUAAUUCGAUUAAUUUGCCGAAAAAAUUGGAAGACGCUCGUUAUUCGAGAAAAUUGCGGGAACUGCGGGAAGCGUACGCGAAUUGUUUAAUAGAGGUCGAAGUUGGAAUCCGAACCGUUGACGAACUUGGAAGAGACAUCGCGAAAUUAGCGAAAACAAGGAAACAUUCCAGAGCACCGAUGGCGUCGCCGUCGGUAUUUCGCAUCGCGCUUAUUGGGUCCAGAGGAUCCGGUUGUAACGCUUUAGCGAAAUCCUUGGCCGAGAGAUUCAACCUUGAUCACAUCGAUUACGAUUACGUCGCGGAACAGGCACGUUUACAGCAAAAUCCUUUGGGAGAGAAGCUUCGAGCGUUCGAGUACAGAUGGGGAGGAAGACCUAAGCCUGAGAUCAGGAUAGAAAUUGUUCAAAAACACAUAUUAGGUUACGAAUGCUCGAGGAACGGUUGGGUGUUGACUGGUUAUCCAAAGUCGGUAGACGACUUUAAACUGUUGGACCUGAGUGCCGCUCCUCCGAAUAGAGUGAUUUUUCUCGAGGUAAACGGCGAUGUCUGCAGAGAAAGGUUGCUCAAUCGCCGGUACAACAUCGUCACUGGUAGCGAGCACACCUUGUCUACAAAAAAUUACCUCGACACGGAUAACUGCAAAUUAGCUGUACAUCCGAAUGAUUACAGACUAAUCGUCGAACGAGACAAGAUUCCGAGGACGACUCGGCCGUUCAUUCGGACUCCGAAGACACGAUCGACCCUGGAAGCAGUCCGUGCACCAGGCUGGAAAGCCCCCCGCCAGCUCUGUCACCGUCGCCGGCAGCAGCAGCGGCAGCAGCAGCAGCAGCAGCAGCAACUUCUGGAAAAUCCUGUGGCACGACCAACGGUCCUCCUAGCGGUCGAAAACCCAGGAGAAGACGAACGGCGUUCACACAUGCUCAGCUUGCUUACUUGGAGCGUAAAUUUCGUUGCCAGAAGUAUCUGAGCGUCGCGGACCGCAGCGACGUCGCCGACGCGCUUUCGCUCUCGGAAACCCAAGUGAAGACUUGGUACCAAAACAGAAG